AUGUUCGCGAAAGGCGCGGACGGGCUCGGCGACGAGGAGGACGGGCGGCGCAGGGCUCUGGCGGGCGCCGUGGGAACUCCGGUCGCGGGCGGGGCGGGCGGGGGCCCUGGCGGGACGUGUCCCGCGGGACCGGCGCGACCGCGAGCGCGCGCGCGGGCAACCUCGCGGGCGGGCGGGGCGGGGCGGUGUGUGCGGGCACCGGCGGCUGUGGGGUGGGCGGCGUGGCGUCAGCUCUUUCGUCAUCUACGUCAUUCUGCUGCUGCCUUCGCGGGUCCCGGAGACCCGGCCCGGGGCAGCCCUUCAGAGCCCUGGGAGCGGGUGGGCAGCCUCCGAGGACGACCGGGGCUCGGGGAGCGCGCGCCGAGAUCCGGGGACCGCGGCCAGCGGCAGCGGCCGGGCGGAGAGGGAGCGCGGCCCAGGUGUCCGCGUUGUCUGGAAGCAUCACAAGUGUGCUGUGUUAGAAGAGCCAGUCACUUAAUGGCACCAAAAUAUCCCUGGAAGUGUGGCAAAUUGAAGGAUGACUGGAGCUUCAGUAGUCACCUUGUAAGCAUGAAGAAAAGAAUCAGAGGAUCCCAGAGCGCUUUGCCCUAACAUCUAUAACCUGCUGAACCCAUGCCAGCAGUGGCCUCCUUCCAGGCUUCUUGUGAUGUGAGAAUAACCCCCUAUUUGUUGAAAGCAAUGUAGUAGGGUGUUCUGUUACACGCAGCUAAAUGAUGAUACCAGGAGACACUUGGGGUGAUUUCCCGGCAGGCUUCAAAAAAGUGCUGAGUCAUAGGACAGUGGGAUAGUGCUAAGGAAACCAGGGUUCAAGUGUAUCUAUUUUUUAUUUAAUAAACACCCAUAUAACACCUACUGUGGGCCAGGCUUUGAUCUAAGCCCUUUACAAAUAUUAGCUCUUCUUAUCCUCACUGAGAAUGGUUACUAUUAUUAUCUGCAUCUUACAUAAAAGGAAAUGGAGACAGAGAGAAAAUUAGGUAAACUGCCCCAAAAGUCACACCGCCAGCAAAGGGCAGAGCUGGGAUAUGAAAUCAUUUAUUUUGGGGUUUUAAUUAUAACACCAAGCUGCGGAUACUGCCAGUCAGUGCACCACCCCAGGUUUAAUUCCCCUUCUGUUACUGAGGAGCCAUGUGCUCUGGGUUGUGUUUUCUCAUCUGUUACAGUUCCCACCACCCCUCAUAGGCAGCUGCCUGCUCCACCCACACUAAUAUCUGACAGAAAUGUAUCAUAUGAGGCAGAAACAACAUCUGUAUCUCAGCAUCUUUGUGGACAUCAUUGUCUGAUUUAUAAGGAGAAAAUUUUAGAUAUGACUUCCCCGAGCCACAAAUCAUUUUAUAAUAAUUUUCAUAAAACUUCCAUGAUUGACAAUCUUUUAGUUAUCAUUAGACCAUGUCAUUUAGUUUCACAGCACCUGAGGCAUCUGAAGUUAUCUUUCGAAAACUUGAGCUAUUUUCUUUAAAUGAAUGCUUCACCAAUACCCACUUACACUCCAUUUCACCAUUAUCCUUUUCACAUAAACUACAAUUUCAUCACCAGAUUCAUUCAAUAAUUAUAUGGUUCCAUGUAUUUUCCAGAAUUGCAUAAUGAUGUUCCUUUACAGUUUGCUUAAGCUGAUGAAGUAUUUUUUUCACCAUACUCUUUUCUUCUACCUUCAUAAGUAUUGGAAAAUAUAUACUAUGGAAAACAAUA